CGGACGUUUAGGGCGCAAACCGGAAGUAAGCGUGCUGAGCUGCCUCACACAGAGCAUACAUGGCGUGUUUGCUGGCGAGCAGCUGCAGCUCAGAAACAACAAUGUUUUCUUUAACAAAGCCAUCAAAACACCGCUCAUGGAUAUGCUGUUUAUUCCUGGCGAUAUAUUUAACGUCGCUGCCAGUUUCGGCUAAACAAGGCAGCCUUAAAGAAGUGACCGACGGCAACUGGGAGGAGAUCCUGACCGGAGAGUGGAUGAUUGAGUUCUACGCACCGUGGUGUCCAGCCUGCCAGCAGCUGCAGCCGGUGUGGAAGGAGUUUGCAGACUGGGGGGAGGACAUGGGGGUCAAUAUAGCCAAGGUGGACGUGACAGAACAACCUGGUCUGAGUGGGCGAUUCAUCAUCACCUCACUUCCUACUAUUUACCAUUGUAAGGAUGGCGUCUUCCGAAAGUACCAGGGCGCUCGCACUAAAGACGAUUUCCUCAGCUUUAUUGAUGGGCAGAAAUGGAAAGCAGUGGAGCCAAUUUCCUCUUGGUUUGGGCCGUCUUCGUUUCUAAUGAAUUCAAUGUCUGCUUUGUUCAAGCUCUCCAUGUUUAUCCGGCGUUGUCAUAACUACAUGACAGAGAAACUGGGGAUUCCUGUUUGGGGAUCGUAUGUUAUCUUUGGCCUGGCCACUCUGUUCUCCGGUCUUGCACUGGGACUGUUACUGGUGUUCAUCGCUGACUUUGUCUUCCCUUCACGGCGGUUUUCUUCUCCUGAUUACUACCAGAAGAAACAAUCGAUCGAGCAAGCGAGGUUAAUCCAGAGACAGGAGGACGAGCACGAGGCCGACGGCGAGGAAGACGACGACGAAGAAGAGGAAGAAGAAGACCAGGAUGACGUCUGGAGGAGGAGGAGAGGGUCCCCCGAGGGGCGCCCGGAACCGAAGGGACAGGUUUUCCCAGACGAAGCUCUGAGGAAGAGGGUGGUGGCCAACCGCGAGGAGGAGGAGGAAGACACCUAGAGCGUCGGCACAGAGCGUCACAUGAGCCCCCCCCCCUACUCCUCCUGAGAAGAGCGCCAUGGAGUCGGAGGAGCUUUGGUCUCGAGCAGCAGUGUUUACAGCAGGGAGCCCUUAAUGCCCCAAACCCUCCCUCCUCCUCCUCUUCCUCUUUUCCUCCUCCCUCCUCCUCCAGGCCUCCACAAACACCUCGCUUCUUUUCUUCUCCUUCCCCUCCCUCCCUCGUUUUCAUCGGGAGCGCUUUAGACUUUCUCGCCCGAGCGGCAGGCUCCACCUGGAAAAAGCAAAACACUCCCGACACCUGUUUUCACUUCUGGAAACAAAUCGCCUGGCUGAGGUUUGGGUAUGAAGUGCAGUAGAGCUGGAUUUUUUGCAAUGUUGUUUAUGCUAUGCAUCAUUAUUUGUUUGUGUUUUGUUUUUUAAUGUGUGUUAUUUUAUGUUAAUCUGAAUUAUUAUUAUUAUUAUACCAUUCUUCUGUUUAAAGUUUAUGUUAAAUUUUACUACUCAGCUAAUGUAUCCAUACUGUUUAUUUUAUGUCGCAUAUAUUUUUACAAAUCCUGACAGUUCAACCCCCCAAAAAAUAACGACACACCAUUCCACAUUCAGUUUAUAAUGGAGAUAAAAGUGCAAAGGAGUGCCCCAAAACAUUAACAAGGGACCCAGACGUUUAAAUCUCAGCCCAGUGUGUGUAAAGUGUCGCAUGCUCUCGGCACAGGUACGUAAAAAUUAAUGUCGUUUGGGGCAGGAACCCUUUUUAUGACAAUUGCGCUUCACUCAGCCGUCAAACCAAAACUUUAAGCUGCAGAACACUAGAACACGCUAGAUAGAUGCAGAUUUUAAAAAAAGAGGAACUAUAUUCACUCACAAAUUAAAGUCCCGGUGAGUGUUGUUCAGUAGAUGUCCCCCGUAAUGUAUCAUACAAUCAAACAAGGGGAUGUUUUUUUUUUAGUCUCUAAUGUUUACUUGUGAUUCACUAAUUAUUAAAAAGAUGUUUACUUUAAAGAACCCAGAUGUGUUGUCGACCUGUCGGUGGGUCUACAGUGCAGUAUAUGCAUGCUGUGAUAUAAUUAAAAGGAGGAACAAUUUGGGACUCUUCCAUGAACUGUUUGAUACAGAGAGAGAUGUGGCAUAUCCGUCCGAAAGCUGCUCUGCUUUGUGGAACAGUAAGAGGACCUGAACAAAGCGGUCUGCUCAACAAAGGGAGGCAAGAAUCAGCCGACUGUAAUCUUUUUUUUUUUUUUAAACACUUUGAAUUCGACUUUUUUUUUUUUUAGUCUGAAAAUGUAAAAUUAAUAUGAACUUAUGAGGUUGAUCAAUCUAAACAAGUGUCAUUUUGUGUACAUUGGUUUCUCAUUGAAAUAAUUUGAACAAAAUGCACUUCUAUGCAUCUAUUUAGAACAUUAAUGUCGCUCUGAAGCACAGCCUGUUUCCAUUUCAGUCUUGUGAGAACAAAAAGGAGCCGUGCGCGUUUGUGUGUGUUUGUGUGUGUACGUGCAUCCAGUAUUUUUAAUACACAUUUCACUCUGUUGGUUUGAUGACUUGCAUAGACUUUGAAUUUUAUGCUGCUUUUUAUUCCAAGAAAAAGAAAAAAGCAUAAUAACUCCUUUCGGUGAUGGUUGAAACAAGUUGCGAUUUUUUUUUUUUUUUUUUUUUUUUUUUUUUAACCCGACCACUAUUUGAGGCUUGCAGCAUUCACACUUUACUCUGAGCCGGCUGUGCUCCUUGUUGUUUGAACUUCUCUUUCAAUAAACUUUACUCUGACAAACUUUCAA